CUGGUGGAGACAGCGAUGCUGGCAGCAGUGGGCGGCGUUGUGUACGUGGUAGCAACCAUCCUGAAGCUGCAGUCCUACCUGGGGUACUUUCAGCCGAUGCCCAUAGUUGUCUCUGCCAUGCGCUGGGGUCCUGCUGCUGGACGGAAGACUAUGACAGCCACCUGCUUCCUGCUCCUUGGUGAGAACUUCCCCCUCAGCACUGAGGACAUCCUCACAUUCCUGCUCAACCAGGGGCUCCUAGCGGCCACAUUAGGCGCAUCUUGGUCCCUGGGCAUGCACUGGGCUCUUAGCGUGGCUGCUGGGGCGCUCGUGCGAGUGGGUGGAAUGAUGGCGUAUGUGCUUGUGUCGUCCUGGAUCAUGAACGAGAACCUUUUCUCCAUCCUCAUGACCAACAUCUACUCCCUACUGGAUCAGAUGAAUGCCUUCAUCGGGGCAUCAGGGGCGCCUCCGCCAACAGUGGUGAUUGUGGUGCUGGCAUCCCUGCUGAUAGUGAAUGCAGUGCUGUACAUCUUCCUCAUGCAUGUGCUGUACACUGUGCUGCUGCGCAGCAUGGGUUACACCAUGUCAAGCCUGCCGGCAUCAGUUGAGCGCGCUGUGUUCAAGAGAACGGUCGUCCAAUAG